GUCUCAAGUAAGACUUAAGGUUUAUGCAUUUCUGACAAGCUGCAGAUGAAGACCUGGAAAUCUGGUUGGUGGAUGGAAGUUGUUGAAGCGAGAUGCCUCUUUCCAGCUAUCUGCACUUUGAGUCAGGCGGCUGUGACCCUGAGGGAGUUCAGAGGCCUCGCUGCCUGCAGACCACACCUGGAGAAGUCAGCCCAGAGGGAGGUUUCCUGAUCCUUAGUCAUCAACUAAUCAAGGGGACAGGUUAAAAGUGUUGGUUACUAGCAGGGACUGUGUCGGAAUGUCGGUCACAGAGAGGCUUUUCCAACCCUGACUACACCUCUGCAUUUAGCACGGUGGGGAGUGGAGGCUCUCGCACCCAUAAAUAGACGUUAGGAUAAGUAAUGUGUGCUUUAAUAAGAAUUGGAGAUUGCACUUUUGAAGUUCUGGCCGGAGAAUAAGGUUUGGCACCUGGUGGAGUGACUGCUAAGUUGUAUUGUUACUGUCUUAAAAACAGUGAUAUUUUGUGUGUGUGUGCAUGUGCACGUGUGUGUGUAUUUUCACCACCAGAUUGUCAGAAUGCCCCUGUUUUUAAGAAAAUAAUCUGUCCAUCCAGUUCUUCCUCAUUCUGGUCUGAGGUGAGCCCAGCAUGUGCCUCUGAGGGAACCAGGGGGAGAACCUGUGUUGUGGUGGGCAGGUGAGUCUGCUGAGUACCUGAGGCAGGGAGGGCUGAGCAGGAGGCAGGGUGUGUGCUUUGGAGCAGGUGUGGCCUGAGCAGUUGCGAGCCUGUAGCCAAAGCAAAGUGCCUGGUGAGCAGAGCAGGGGGCACCAAAGGAAGGCCCGGAUGGUGGCCCAGAGGGGCCCGAGGCCUUGUCUUAGCAGUCCAGGGCUUCAUCUGCAAGGAUGUAGGCCAGCAGAGUUUCUGGGAAAGGGCAGAUCGCCCAUGUUUUCAGCUUUGCAGGCCAUGCAGUCUCUAUCGCAAGUACUCAACUGCAAAGAAGCAGCCGCAUGUAGAUGGUGUGGCUGUGUGCCAGUACAACGAUUUACGAACACGGAAGUUCAUAUAAAUUUUUAUGUGUCCCAAAAUAUUAUGCUUUUGAUUCUUUUUCAACCACUUAAAAAUGUGAAAGCUCUCCUUAGCUUGCAGGCUGCACAAAGACAGAUGGCAGGCUGGAUUUGACUCAAGGCCCAGGUUGACCCACCUGUGGCAUACAGGCUGUGUUGGUCUAAUAGGGUCUCAGUGUACAGAAUCUUUCGUGGUCGAAUUUUAGAAAUGGUAAUAAGAUGGCUUGGCACAAAGUCUAGCACAUAAACUAUAUACCACAAUGGGAAGAAUGGAGAAGUUGAGAUUAUUCCACAUUAGGGACAUAAAACCCACUUGUGGCUAUUCUCUCUAAAGUUUUCUCUUUGGAGAAAAAUGUGUGGUGAAUAGGUUCCCAUAGCUCUCUAAUAUGCAAACAUAAGCUACAAUAAUUGAUUUCAGAUAGAGAUAAGACUCUUCGACUCACAGCAGAGAGUGUUGCAUUUCUCCGGGACCCUCGCAGCAGCCCUUCUGAGCAGCUGGGACAGGCAUUAGCCUGUUUUACAGAGGAAGAAGCUCCUGCCCACAGAACUGGUGUCACUAGCCCAAGGGAACAGUUCUACCAAGCUGGGGGCCAGGAUUCACAUCGGAUCUUCCUAUUCCGGCUGCUGUUUUUGUCUUCACUCUCUCAUGCAGCCCUUUGGAAGAGCUGUGUCCUAAAAUGUCAUUUGCAAGCCAUUUACUAGAACAUGGAAGUUUUCUCUUCAGAGAAAGAAGAAUGUGGUGAACAGAUUCCUAAGUUGCCUGGGAUGAAAUGACCCUUUCAUCUGUAGCAGCAGAACUAUAGUCCUGGAGCUUUGAUGCCUCUGCUCCUCGAGUCGGGCGGCUGCGACCGUGCGGGGCUCGGAGGUGCCGUGAGGCUGCUGCUGCCUUCGCGUUCAGCCGCGUGGCCACGGAGCUGGCCCUGGUGCAGCCGCGCAGCCCGGCCCCGGCCUCUCUCCCGCUGGCCCGCGAGCCCUCCUGCCGAGGGCUGUUCGUCUUGCUCCCGGCUGCAGCCUCGGCUUGCCCUUCCCCUGCCGCGGUGCCCGGUGCUGGAGGAAGGCCCCUCCCAAGGUUCGGCCGAGGGGAGCGGGAGCUUUUCCAGCCACCUGGACGCCGCCCUCUUCAGACAGAAAUGCGAGCACCUGUGACGGGCGGGGAAGUGUCUCUGCCCUGCGGCCUCCGGGCCCCAGAUGCCUUUGUCUUUCCAGGGUGGACUGGAGCGCCCUGGUCCCUCUGUGGCUCCGCCAUCGGCAGCUGGGGCUGCAGGCCAAGGGCUGGAACUUCAUGCUGGAAGAUUCCACCUUCUGGAUCUUCGGGGGCUCCAUCCACUAUUUCCGCGUGCCCAGGGAGUACUGGAGGGACCGCCUGCUGAAGAUGAAGGCCUGUGGCUUGAACACGCUCACCACCUAUGUUCCGUGGAACCUGCAUGAGCCGGAAAGAGGCAAAUUUGACUUCUCUGGGAACCUGGACCUGGAGGCCUUCGUCCUGAUGGCCGCAGAGAUCGGGCUGUGGGUGAUUCUGCGUCCAGGCCCCUACAUCUGCAGUGAGAUGGACCUCGGGGGCUUGCCCAGCUGGCUACUCCAAGACCCUGGCAUGAGGCUGCGGACAACUUACAAGGGCUUCACCGAAGCAGUGGACCUUUAUUUUGACCACCUGAUGUCCAGGGUGGUGCCACUCCAGUACAAGCGUGGGGGACCCAUCAUUGCCGUGCAGGUGGAGAAUGAAUAUGGUUCCUAUAAUAAAGACCCCGCUUAUAUGGCCUACGUCAAGAAGGCACUGGAGGACCGUGGCAUCGUGGAACUGCUCCUGACUUCAGACAACAAGGAUGGGCUGAGCAAGGGGAUUGUCCAGGGAGUGUUGGCCACCAUCAACUUGCAGUCAACACGCGAGCUGCAGCUACUGACCACUUUUCUCUUCAACGUCCAGGGGACUCAGCCCAAGAUGGUGAUGGAGUACUGGACGGGGUGGUUUGACUCGUGGGGAGGCCCUCACAAUAUCCUGGAUUCUUCUGAGGUUUUAAAAACCGUGUCUGCCAUUGUGGACGCCGGCUCCUCCAUCAACCUCUACAUGUUCCAUGGAGGCACCAACUUUGGCUUCAUGAAUGGAGCCAUGCACUUCCAUGACUACAAGUCAGAUGUCACCAGCUAUGACUAUGAUGCUGUGCUGACAGAAGCCGGAGAUUACACAGCCAAGUACAUGAAGCUUCGAGACUUCUUCGGCUCCAUCUCAGGCAUUCCUCUCCCUCCCCCACCUGACCUACUUCCCAAGGUGUCGUAUGAGCCCAUAACGCCAGUCUUGUACCUGUCUCUGUGGGAUGCCCUCAAGUACAUGGGGGAGCCAAUCAAGUCUGAAAAGCCCAUCAACAUGGAGAACCUGCCAGUCAACGGGGGAAAUGGACAGGCCUUUGGGUACAUUCUCUACGAGACCAGCAUCACCUCAUCCGGCGUCCUCAGCGGCCGCGUGCGUGAUCGGGGGCAGGUGUUUGUGAACACAGUAUCCAUAGGAUUCUUGGACUACAAGACAACGAAGAUCGCUGUCCCUCUGAUCCAGGGUUACACCAUGCUGAGGAUCUUGGUGGAGAAUCGUGGGCGAGUCAACUACGGGGAGAAUAUUGAUGACCAGCGCAAAGGCUUGAUUGGAAAUCUCUAUCUGAAUGAUUCACCCCUGAAAAAAUUCAGAAUCUACAGCCUGGAUAUGAAGAAGAGCUUUUUUCAGAGGUUCGGCCUGGACAAAUGGAGUUCCCUCCCAGAAACACCCACAUUGCCUGCUUUCUUCUUGGGUAGCUUGUCCAUCAGCUCCACCCCUUGUGACACCUUUCUAAAGCUGGAGGGCUGGGAGAAGGGGGUUGUAUUCAUCAAUGGCCAGAACCUUGGACGUUACUGGAACAUUGGACCCCAGAAGACACUGUACCUCCCAGGUCCCUGGUUGAGCAGCGGAAUCAACCAGGUGGGAGCUUCCAGCCCCUUCUUGUUCCCCAAGACGCCCUGCCCACCUGCCCUCCCAGAGAGCCUUCCCUCAGGGUGGAGGGUGUGCCAGCGGGUUCUUCCUCCCUCCUCCUCGCUGCGGACGAGUUGUUGGUCCCUGUCCCUUCCAGCCUGGUUCCCAAACCCUCUCCUUCUGACCUUGCCACCUCUCAGCACCUCCCCUGGCACCAGGACAGACCUCAGCUGCCCUCCCAGCUGGGCCCUCUCUCCACAGGUCAUCAUUUUUGAGGAGACGAUGGCGGGCCCUGCACUACAGUUCACGGAAACCCCCCACCUGGGCAGGAACCAGUACAUUAAGGUGACAGGCUGGGCCGGAGAAACCGAAAUCCUCAGCCCUGCGUCUUCCUGAGUCAGCGAGUGUCUCUGGUGUUCAGUGAGGAUGACAUGUGGGUCCUGGCAGAAGCCAUGGCCCGUAUCUGCACAUCCAGGGAGGAGGGACAGAAGGCCCAGCUCAGUGGCCCCCGCCCCCCACCGCCCACGCGGAGCAGCAGGGGCGGAGCAGCCUCCUCCGCAGUGUGUCCACCUCCCACGCGGGAGCAGCAGGGGCGGAGCAGCCUCCUCCACAGUGUGUCCACGUCCGUGUUUGAGCCUUGCUCUGGGGCUCAGCCCAACACCUGGCUGGGGCUCACUGUCCUGAGUUGCAGUAAAGCUGUAGCGUUGAAUCACA